AUGCACGUUUUCCAAGUAGUGUUAGUAAUAUGUCUGAGUCAAUCGAGUUAUUGUGCGCGAAUUCUUGGGGUGAUACCGACUCCUUCGUACAGUCACCAAGUCGUCUUUCAACCCCUAUGGAAAGAGUUAUCCUUACGCGGGCACCAGGUGAUCCUACUGACCACAAACCCGAUCAAAGAUCAUUCCCUUACAAAUUUAACCGAAAUCGAUCUGAGCUUCUCCUACAAGUUUCUGGAAGAAAAUCUACUGGAGAUUAUUAAUUCAAGUCAAAACAUUUUAAAAUCUACCUCGUUGUCGAUAAAGUCGUUUGCUAAUGUGAUGGACGCACAACUUCAGCAUCCUCAGGUGAAGAGGUUGUUACAAGAUCCAAACGAACACUUUGAUCUUGUAAUUGCCGAAUAUUUUAUGGCAGGUGCUUUGUAUUUCGCAAGGAGAUUUAACUGUCCAUGUAUAGGGGUGUUAUCCAUGGACGGAAACAAUCCUGUAUACCGACAGGUUGGCAAUGACGGUCACCCUAUCGUCUAUCCGGACCCUUUCUCUCGCAUCUCCGGAACAUCUAGUAUUUUUGACCGCAUCGGUUUAGUGAUGUUCGAACUCUACUUUCAAAUAUUUGAUUUCAACGGAGAGCAGCAGAAGGUCGCUAAGAAGCAUUUCGGAGACGAUACGCCGAUUUCAGAAGUGCUAGCGAAUGUAAGCUUACUGUUUGUGAAUACUGACCCCAUCUUCCAUUACACCAGGGCUCUACUUCCGAUGAUUAUUCCUAUUGGUGGGAACAUAGCUCGAAUUCCAGUGAAUCCGCUAGAGAAGAGCGUCAAAAAGUUUUUGGAUGAAGCUCAUCAAGGUUUCAUCUAUUUUAGCUUGGGAUCAAAUGUUAAGAGCAAGGACAUUCCCGAGAGUACCAUGGACGUGGUCCUUGAAACUCUUCGUGAGAUCCCGUACAGAAUACUUUGGAAGUACGAGCUGGACGAUUUGCCCAAUAAACCCGAGAAUGUGAUGAUAUCAAAAUGGAUUUCUCAGAUGGAGGUUUUAAAGCAUCCUAAUUUGAAAUUAUUUAUCACGCACGGCGGAGCACAAUCGAUGGAGGAAACGAUUCAGGCGAGGGUGCCUGUGGUUGGGAUGCCCUUUUUUGUCGAUCAACCGUUCAAUGUUCAACAAAUGGUGUCCUUGGGGUUCGCUCUGUCAGUCGAUUACAAGACGAUGUCCAAAGAGACCUUCAAACAGGCCAUCUUGGAAGUUAUUAAUAAUGACAAAUACCAUAACCGAAUUAGGGAGUUGGCGAAUCUGGUGGAAGAUCAGCCGAUGACCGGUCUAGAGCGGGCUGUGUGGUGGACUGAGUACGUUAUUCGUCACAAAGGCGCUGCUCAUUUCAAAAGUCCGGCACUCGACAUGCCUUGGUAUCAGUACUACUUUUUGGAUGUCAUCUCCGUGUUACUUUUCACUUUGAUUGGGUCACUCUAUUUCAUGGUGAAAGUGAUAAAGGCAACCCUACGCGCAUUAAGGCGAAACAUUGUGAGGUCGAAAGCAAAGAAGAAUUAGUUUAGUACUACUUUUAGGUUAGAAUUUAAUUUAUUGUAUUGCCAAUAAGUAAUAAAAACCG